UCGACACACACCAUGGCAUUUAAGGUAAUUGCACUCGCCGCUCUUGUGGCCGUUGCCCUCGCCCGCCCUCAGAACGGCUAUGGCGUCCCAACGCCCUCUUCAGCACCUGCCAAGUACGACUUCAACUACGCCGUCAACGACCCUCCAUCUGGCAACGACUUCGGUCAUCAGGAGGCCCGAGAUGGCCCUAACACUCAGGGUUCCUACUACGUCCUCCUUCCCGACGGUCGUCUGCAGAAGGUCGCCUACACCGUCAACGGCGAUUCUGGUUACGUAGCCGAUGUCACCUACGAGGGUGAGGCCUCCACACCACGACCCUAUACACCCGCCCCCUAUACACCUGCCCCCUAUACACCCGCCCCCUAUACACCUGCCCCCUAUACACCCGCCCCCUAUACACCCGCCCCUAUACACCCGCCCCCUAUACACCCGCCCCCUAUACACCGCCCCCUAUACACCCGCCCCUAUACACCCGCCCCCUAUACACCCACCCCUCACUACGCUUAA